AUGGUCGCGAGAGUUGCUGGCGUUUUUGAUGAAAAGCUUACUGAAGCCAUUGCUAAUUCCAAAGUAUUGGUUGUUGGUGCCGGCGGUAUAGGUUGUGAGAUUUUAAAGAAUCUUGUUCUGACUGGCUUUCCUAACAUUGAGAUUAUUGACCUUGAUACUAUCGACGUGAGCAAUUUAAAUCGUCAAUUUCUUUUCCACAAGGAACAUGUUGGUAAAUCAAAGGCUCAAGUCGCUAAAGAUAGUGCCCUCAGUUUUAAUCCUAAUGUGAACAUUGUAGCUCAUCAUGAUAGUGUGAUCAGCAAUGAUUAUGGUGUGAGUUACUUCAAGCAAUUCAAUAUUGUAAUGAAUGCCCUAGACAACAGAGUUGCUCGUAAUCAUGUGAACAGAAUGUGCUUAGCAGCUGAUGUUCCAUUGGUGGAGACUGGUACCGCUGGUUAUGCAGGACAGGUUGAGCUGAUCAAAAGGGGGCUUACUCAGUGUUAUGAGUGUCUUCCAAAAGCUCCACAAAAGAGUUUCCCAGGCUGUACUAUUCGCAAUACACCAUCAGAGCCCAUUCAUUGUAUUGUAUGGGCAAAGCAUCUGUUUAACCAGCUGUUUGGUGAAGAAGAUCCUGAUCAAAAUGUCAGCCCUGACACUGCAGAUCCUGAGGCAGCAGGUGAUGCUGGCGCUUCGGCAUUAAACGCUAAAGAAUCUGAGACAGGGAAUGUUGAAAGGAAAAGUACUAGAAUGUGGGCUGCUGAUACCAAUUAUGAUCCAGAAAAGCUGUUUUCUAAGCUUUUUGGCGAUGAUAUUCGUUAUUUGCUAUCUAUGGAAAAUCUUUGGAAAAAGAGACGACCACCUACACCCCUGGUAUGGGAUAAUCUACCUGGGAAAGAUGAUUCACCAGCAAAGCAUUCUGGAUUGCCUGACCAAAGAGUGUGGUCAGUUUCUGAAUGUGCAAAAAUUUUUGCAACCAGUUGCAAAGCAUUGGAAGCAGACCUGAAGAGCCGUGCUGAUGGUGACCAUCUUGUGUGGGAUAAAGACGAGAAAAGUGCUAUGGACUUUGUUACUGCAUGUGCAAAUGUUCGUGCCCACAUAUUCAAUAUUCCAUUGAAAUCACGCUUUGAGAUUAAAUCAAUGGCUGGAAACAUAAUACCAGCAAUAGCUACAGCCAAUGCGAUAGUAGCAGGACUGGCCGUUUUGCGUGCACAGAACAUACUUAAAGGAAAUAUAGAAGUUUGUACCAGUGUCUACCUAAGGCCAAAAGUAAACCAUCGUGGACAAUUAUUUGUGCCAGAGAAAACUCUUACAACACCAAAUCCUAAAUGCUUUGUGUGUGCACCAAAAGCAGAGGUUGCAUUGGCUUGUAAUCUCAAACAAUUGACACUUAAAGAUUUAAACACAGCUCUUAAAGAAGGCCUUAAUAUGCAAGCACCAGAUGCUGCAGUGGAAGGUAAAGGGCUGGUUGUUCUUUCUUCAGAGCCAGGAGAAACGGACCACAACAAUCACAAGACAUUAGAACAAAUUGGGCUAAAUGAUGGUUGUGCAUUGCUUGUUGAUGACUUCCUUCAAAACUUUGAAGUCAGGGUUCGUUUACAACAAGAAGACGAUGAGAAAUCAUGGCGUUUGGUCACCGAUAUGGAUGCUCCAAUGCCAGAACCAAAAGAAGAUAAACCAACAAAUGGGGCAAAUGGCUCUGAACCAAAACCGGGUCCUUCUCGACCCAAAGACGACAGUGACAGUGAUAUGGAGAUUAUUGAAGAGGAUGAAGGAGUGGAAACCACGAAACCUCCAAAACGCAGGCGAAUUGAGAUGUCAGAUGAGGUUGUUGAACUGUGUUAG